AUGAGCUUUGCUUUUGCCCUGACCGAAUUGGUCCGUGAAGCGCGGUGGUGGGCUACUCCAGGGACUGCGUCGUGUCCUUGGGGUGCAUUUUGUUUCUUGAUCCUCCUGGCAUUCAUCUUUGGCUGCUGCUGCGGUGCAUUUGCAGUAGGCUGUGCCUUAUCUCAGGGUUGCCAGCGUGUAGGACUGGUUUUGGCUCGGCUGGCUGCUGCAUACUGGGGUCCCCAAGCUGCAACUGAACAAGAGUUGAGUUUCCAGUUUGAAAACCUCCAGAUUUCCAUUAGGGUGACUGUGCGCCCUCUCACCACUGCUUCUGUCAACAGGGCUUCAGGUUCUGGAGUCCAGGUGGCAGCAGAAGCGGAUAGAGGACCGGCAGGUGAGGCCGAGUUCAUUGAUCCCUACCACAUCAGCAUUGAUUUGGAAGAGCGUGCUCUUGCGGCGCGUACUGCUCCUGAUCUUUCUGCUCUUCCCCUACCUUUUCUGCGAUAUCUUGAGUCUCGACUUAGGGGUAGUGACUCAGAGUGGACAUCACGAGCAAGGUUGGCAAGAGCUUUCAGGGCAGGGUGUGCUGCCUACCGCCGGUUGAACGGGGAGUUCUCCGAGGUGUCCAGUCCAGGAAUCCCUUUUCGGAACACCAUCUACAUCAUCCUUCGCUGCCCACGCUAUCCUGCGGGAGUGUGGACUAGUGAUUACUCUGCUUUCAUUGAGGCCUGCGGGCGAAGUCACGAUUCCGACUUCCACCGCAAUACGGUGUGCCAGGCGUUUGCCACUCGCACAGAAGGAGACGCUUUCUUGUCUUCAGCAGUGAACAUGAGCCCUCUGGAUUCAGAGGUGCUCAAGGGCUAUGUCGCAGGCGUGGAUGGAGCUCGAGAUCUCAGUCUGACCGCUGUGUGGCUGCCUCUAGACUCUUCAGAUGCGGAAGGGGCUACGGUUGUGGCAACGUGCUACCCUUUGCUUUGCAGAGAGAAUGGUUUUAUGCUGCUUGUGCCAAAGACAGAGGAAGUGACUGCGGCCUUGCAAGUGGUGAGCAGCCUUUGCAGUGCCGAGCCCGCCAUUUGGGAGGGCGAAGUCGACAUCAUCACUGUUCGUGGCCGUUUGCUGGGCAAGCAGGAGUGUCAGCUUGUGGAUCUCACGUGGGACUACGUCCCGCAUUUGUGCAAGGCUUUGGUGUUGCGAGGAGCCGCAAAGCAGAGCACCCAAGUCGUGCACUUCCAGCUUGGAGGAGCUUCAGGUCGACCGGUGGCUCAGUCCGCUCUAUCCCUAGCAGACCACUGGAUCACCGCCGGACUUGGGUUAGACCCAGAAUCAGCCCAAGAAUAUCUUACUGGAGAGGAGCUCGCGCGGGACGACGAUCCAGAUCUUGCUUCACCUUCUCCCCCUGGAUCCCAAGCGGGAGGCUCUGGGGGCUUGCAAGCCCGCAUCAAGGUGUUAGAAGAACAGCUUGCUGGUCUCCAUCAAGCCGUCAGUACCCAGCCCAGAGCUCAGGCUCGCCUUCCUUUGGGCAGCCUUCAAGCAAGUCGCGCAAAACAUGGUCAAGAGCAGCAGCUUUUCAGUGCUCAAGGGUCGGCCCUUCGACCAGAGGAACUGGCUCGCCUGCAGCAACUUGCAGGAGCUCCUCCCGGUCGUUUGCAGGCUGCGGUAGCAAAGCAGCUGCCCGCCCCAGACCGUCAGGUGGCUGUUCUGGAUGGGCUGCAAGCAGAAACGGAGAAGGAGGUUCUGGAGGACCCGGAGGCGCACCUGCUCGAACUGGGGCUGGACCCGACGCAGGUGACCGAUCCUGUGCAGCGCCUUCUGCUUCUUCAGAUGCAACAGAACACUGUGCUGAUGCGGCGUUUUGCCCAACCUCGCGAUCCAAUGAGUUCUCUCCUAGGCGGCGGGGGCAGCGAGUCCGGAAGCAGCUCCGGGGGCGCCAGAGGGUGUUUGGCCAGGGACAUGUAUCUCAAGACCAUUCAAGACCUUCCUCGCGUAGCAGAAGUGGCUCGCCAAAAUGCGCUGCAAGAGCUGGGCAUCUCCCGCGACAAGGAGGACAAAGACCUUAUGCACCUCUACGUCGAGAGGCGGAUCCCUUUGGCAGAGAACAAGCUUUUGGCACACUUCGCAGUGCUUGCGGCGGAGGGCUGGUCCAUUGCUCAGAGCAGCAACAACCUCGAGAUGCAAGGUUUCUUGGCUCGGAUGCUCUUUUUCGUCGAACAGGGCCUUGGAUGGGAAGGUAGACCUAGGCUGGCUGAUGGCGGGUUUUCCAGAACCAAAUACCCACCUCCAUUUCUCAAACAAAAGGGUCCCUGGUCUGAAACCGUUCACCAGAUUAGCGAGCCCUCUGUGGGUGUCAGCGAAUUUAGCGUUCCUGCGAGAUUUGGACUAUUUGGAAGGGAGGAUUCAAACCAUUGGGAAGCCAACAGGGAAAUCUCAGAGCCACACCACAGAUCCAGACGAAGUCCCCAAACCAAAGGCAAAACCGAAGUCAAAGAAGGGAAAGAAAGGGUCAGGCAAGGAGGGAGAGGCCGAGCCCAGUGCGUCCUAGCAAGCACUGGUUCAGCCGAUGCCCGGGCCUUGGAUGCUUCUAUGAGCCAUUUUCCACAAGAUACAUGUCGUGUCAGUGACUUGGCUGAAAACUGGGAGUCUUUGAGAAAAGGGAAGAGCUUGGUGUUGCAAGAUGCCUCAAACAUGCAGCCUUCCCGGUCGAAGGCGUUGUGGCCGGUCCCGUUACCUAGGUGGCGAUGGACGGCUUGCAUGCACCUUGGUCCCAGACGUCGUAGGCGAAAACGUGAGCUUUCCACCAGACACCUUGCGACACAGCUCAUCAUCGCCUGCCUGAACUGGGAAGUGCUGGGUCAUCCGGUUGAUCCACCACCUGAGGGGUGUCUAGGUUAUCCAAUCAGUGAUGCUCAGCAUUUGAUCAUUGAGCACAUUGAAUCAUUAGUUGAUCAUCACCUUUCCAGUGGUGACUUUUCUGAGGAUGAUUUGGGACGCUUUUUAGAAAAAUACCAAGGUGUAAUUAAGAUGCUGGAGGAACUACCGCACUGCCAUAGUUCGGGUGAGGACCUCACUUCUGUUUUAAUUGAUUUGCAAGCCGACUUGGACCCAUACAACAGCCAUUUUGGCGGCCGGGUUCAUCACAGAACUGAAGACAAACCCAAAUCAGACCACCAGUGCACUUUUGAUCGCUCGGCACCGCUACCCAUGUCGGGAGCCCGGCCAGUCAUUUCUUCUCGCAUAAAGUGGCAGUUUCCACCGUCCUUUGAAGCAGAGGCCUACUUGACCAAUCCUUUAGUGAAAGCUGCGUUUGAGGAUCCUGAAGUUAUGCGUAAGCCUAAGGAGUUUUGGUCCCCCAGUAAGCCCGCUAAGAUUAACUGUAGUAAGGCCGAACUGUUGGAUCUUGCCAAACGUUGGGAUGACUUAGGUACCAUUUUGGGGGCUGAUUUCGAUGGGGUAAAGGGUCGAGUCAUGGCACCACGAAGUCGAAUCUUGUUGCUUUCAGGGAUAUCCAUGAAGAUUGUAUUUUGCUUGAACCGUCAGUCUCUGAACGAACUACAAGUUUUGGCAAUGCUGGGUCCCACAGCACAAAGUGACCUUAGGGUUCACUAUUCAAAGUUCCUAUACACCACAGAUGCUAGCCCCAGUGGGGGAGCAGUUGUUCGUGCCGAAAUCGGGCCCAAAGCUGCACAAGAAGUGUGGCGGCACACAGAGCAGAAAGGGUUCUAUACGAAACUGCAGAGUCCAGUAUCUGUAAUUCUGAGCGAGCAUGGCAUCGAACCCGAGUCCAUGCACAUGUUUCAAGAUCAUUUGGCCCACCAUUCCCUUAAAGCUAAGAUCCCCUCUAGUCUUUCUGAAGGUUGGGUUUUUGAUUGCAUUGAAAUUUUUCGUGGAGUAGGAAACUGGUCAGCUGCUCACCGAGAUGUGGGGUUGGCCGUUCACGAUGGGAUCGAUCUUGAUGGCCGCCGUUUGCGAGUUGGCGACAUCACCUCAGACUCAGUGUUUAGGGAGCUCACUGCGCUCGCUGCCCGGCGAGUCAUCCGAGACUGGCAUGCGGGAGUGCCGUGUCCCUCCUUCGGGACAUUGCGGCGGCCACAGGAGGUCUACGGCUGUCGUCCAUACCCGGGCCAAAGGGUUUCUGAGUUUUCAGCCGCUUAUCCACUGAGGUUGGUGCAAGCGAUGGCAGUGGGGAGUUUGCAAGCUUCCAAAGGGCAUGUUGAUGCCAUGCCGCUCCAAGCCAUCCACCUGACUGCAAAGAGCCUUGGGAUUCCUUUGGAAGACGUCUCUCCAGCACCUACGAAAGAGAAACCAAAGUGGUUUGAACUUCUGGAAAAAGGAGACCCUAGCCUUUUUGAUAUUGUGGUUGCUUCCUCCUGCGUGGCGAGAGUGCCGGGCCGUUGGAUGAGGUUUAUUUUGCUGAUUCUGGCUGGAGAUGUCGAGAGAAAUCCAGGUCCCCUGAAGCCUGGGACAAAUGUCAGACCUAGAGGUGUUUUAGAUCUCAAAGUAGGCUUUGCUGAACAGACUUCAAACCGCAUGAUUCAAUGUGUGAGUGCCUUCCAGCAAUGGGUAGAAAAUUUCUGCGAACUCAGCUUCGAAAACCUGGUUUCCGAUAGCCAGGCUGUUGGAUGGGCGCUGAGAGCUUAUGGAGUGCAUUUGUUUGAGCGAGGUUUUCCCCGUUACCUAUUUGUAUAUGCCAUUACAGGCAUGCAAGAGCAAUUUCCACAGUGCCGACCUAGUUUGGGUCUUGCUUGGCAGAUCGACAGAAAGUGGCAGAUCCAUGAGCCCGGCCAGUGCAGGGCAGUUUUGCCGGGCAUUGCCGUCAGAGCAGUUUGCGCAGUUGGCACUUUGUGGGGUUGGCACUUCUGGGUAGGAGUCAUUCUAUUAGGAUUUGCGGCCAUGCUUCACCCCAGCGAGAUGGUUGCAUUGACUAGGAAAGACCUGGUUUUUCCCAGAGACGUGGGUUUCGAUAUGCCUUGCCUUUAUAUUCAUUUGCAGAAUCCAAAGACAGCGCGUUUUGCUAGACGACAGCACGGCCGUAUCGAUGAUACGCAAAUCAUCCAACUGGCAGAAAAGAUUUUUGGAAAGUUGCCCAUGCAGUGUCGUUUAUACAGCGGUUCGAUCAGUCUCUUCAGAAAACAAUGGGAUGCAGUCAUGUCGCUGCUUGGUAUCCCACACCGCCAAUCCCAGCGGGGUGCCACCCCAGGCACUUUGAGGGGAAGUGGGGCCACCUUUCUGUAUGGCCGAACUGAGGAUAUUCCAUGGAUCGCUUGGAGGGGUCGAUGGGCUCGUGUGAAGACGCUCGAGUUCUAUCUCCAGGAGGUCAGUGCCCAACUUUUGCUCCAUGAGUUACCAAAGCGAUCCAAGCACCUCGUUGAGACCUUUGGCAAUGCGGCUUGGCCGAUUCUCUGCACACAGUGGCGUCUCUUGGAGGAGCAUCCCACAGGCUGUAUACAGCUUUUGUGCAGAGAACCGGGGCAACUUGGUGAACUGAGGCGAAAAGGGAUGCACAGGAGCAUCCCACAGGCUGUAUACAGCUUUUGUGCAGAGAACCGGGGCAACUUGGAUCUCUCUUCGCAGGACAUCCCAUCGUCAUUGCAAACUCUGCUACAUGCACUUUGCCGCGACUUAGUCUCAUUGGCAUUUCGCUGUCGGAGCAUGACGGAUCGCCAGUGGAGCCAGGCCGGAGAUGUCUUCGAGGUUUUGCGAGACAUGCUGCACGAGGACGUUACGCUUGAGUGGAUGGACGUCUCCUCUCGUCUGAGUCGGCUGAGUGGGCACGUGCCGAUUCCGAUGCCGGCCAUGCGGCAUCCAAGCCCGCUGGGCGAAACGAAGAGGAGUGAACCCAGCGAUUCACCGGUGGCACACAGGAGAAGCUUGGCGGAGGCUGCCAGUAUGGCCUUUUCAGCUGUCACGGCUUCUCUCUUUUGGCAGAAUGGUACGGAAGAGCCAGUGCCACGAGACGAAGAGCCGGAUCCGGCAGGUGCUGCUCCAGUGGAGUCCCACAGCGCUUGCCUCGGUGCGGAAGGUGCGACCGAUGAGGCCGUCUCUGUGCCGGAGGCCAAGGAGUUUGUCCCAAAGUGCCGAUUUGGGUUUGUCUAA